AAUGUGGAGCUGGCUCUGUCCUGCAACAUUCUUCAUGACUAACCACGGGGGAAAAUCCACACUGGGAGCAAGAAGCUGGAAAAUGAGGAUUUUCAUGGUUUGGACCCUUUUCCCAGGUGUCUGGGCAGUGACAGGCCCCAAGCAGGUGACAGUUGACCAAGGCAGCUCGCUGGCAGUGUCCUGCAGCUACAAGCCAGGCUACAAGCUCAAUUCCAAGUACUGGUGCCGCCAGAACUUCCUGUGGUUUUGCUUCUCCCAUGUCAUCCAAACCAAUGGCUCGGAGGUGAUAGUGACACAGGGCAGGGUGUCCAUCAGGGACAACCACACGGCACGCUCGUUCACGGUGACACUGAGCGGUGUCACGCCGGGGGACGCAGGCUGGUACUCCUGUGGGGUGAAGAGGAAACCGUGGUUCAGCACAUUCCACACCACCAGGGUGAUGGUCUCUGCAGCUGCUUCAACUUCAACCGAGGGCAGCCACAUGGGCCUGCUGACCAGCAGCACUCUGGGCUCCAGUGGCUGUGGGAAGCCUCCAGUGCUGUGA